GAUCUGUGGUUUUGUUACGAUGGCAUCAUUAUUUGCUGUUAAGCUCAAUAACAAUGGGAACAAUGCACGAGAGGAUCAGAAAAGAAUCAUCGAACUUAACCAGUCACUGCAACGGCAAACGAGCCUUUUGAAAAAUGUAAUCGAGUCUCCACACUCAUGGUCCUCGAAUGGAAAAUCGAUUUACAUAUUAUUUCUGAGCAGAAGAACUUGGAUAGAGUCUCAGGUUUGGUGUUCUGAUAUUGGGGGAAAAUUAGCAGAAAUUGAAACAGAAGAGGAGAACACAUUUAUAGUGAACAACACUUUGAGUGAGGCUAGCACAAUUGGAGCUAGUGUAUGGGUAGGAGGAACAGAUGAGGAAAGAGAGGGUGUUUGGAAAUGGGCGUCUACAAAUGCAAAUAUAACAUUUACCAAUUGGAGUCCAGAUGAGCCAAACAAUAUACUCGAUCACGAGCAUUGUCUGGAAUUGGCAGGGAUGGAAGCAUGGUCAUGGAAUGAUAAUUAUUGUAAAAACAAAAGAAGAUUUCUAUGUGAAAUAUUGCAGAGUUAAUCAAUUUUCGCUUCUCCCUUUUUUUUAAGAAAUAUU